AUGCACGCGGCCAUAAACCUUGAGCAAGUCUUGCCGUCUCGCUCGCGUUUGCGGACGCUAACUGUUGGCACUGAACACCUCGUACUUGGGAGCAAUUGGAUGGCGGAGGUGGCAUCAACAGCCGCCGAACAAGCGGCACCGGUGAUAAAUGCAAAGUCAGACGCGCCUUUCAAUUCAGGUCUACCUCCCGAGGUUCUAUCUCGGACCUUCGAGCUACUGCGGGAUGAUCGCGAGCUUGCCGGGUCUUUGGACUGGCUCACCGUGAGCCACGUCUCGAGACGUUGGCGGGCCGUCGCUCUGGGUCACGAAUAUCUGUGGACCAGCUUUGGCGCACUGGCCUUGUCCAGGGGCCUCCUUCGCGUCUUUCUGAGUCGCUCCGGGACAGCGCCUCUCGCGGUCUCGAUAGGGACCCUGUCUGGCGCGAAGGACCAUAUCCUGCGGCAAGCGUACAGACAGCUUCUGUCAAGCGAACUCCAUCGCAUCCAAUCACUCGUGUACGAAGACGGCGAGGCGACGUGGCAGCUUCUGCCUGCCGAGGAGGUUGCGCUCUUGUUACAUGGACCGGCACCCACACUCCGUGUGCUCAGCUUGCCGGGCUCUAAACGUUCCAAGCUGCUAUUCAAGGAGGCGAAUACCUUACUAGAAUUCUUGUCGAAACACGCACGAAACAUACGCCAGCUAGACCUUCGACAAUUCCCGCCGCAAUGCUUCCCGUGGAGGUCUCCGCUCGCCUCGAUGAGAUCCCUCGUCUUGUCCGUGGACGGAUCGGUGGACAGUGGCUCAUCGCAAACAUUUGACGAUGUACUCAACGGUCUACGCGCUAUGCCCUUUCUAGAGAGGCUCUCAAUUUCGGGCUUCGGGGCCUCACAUGCGUCUCAUGGCGUCGCCCGCGAUCACGUACAUCUGCCUCGCCUGCAGGUUCUACGAUUGACGGGGAACCACGACAGGUACGGAUAUAUGUGGAGGUGUCUGAGGACGCAUCCUCUAUGCGCUGUGCGGAUAGAGAUCCCCCGCUCAUUCACCUACCCGGCUUCGAUUCGCCCAGCUCUAGUGGCACACCUCGCCCAUUCGGACACAACGAUGUUGAGGGAGAUGAUCGUUAACAAGAACUCGGCGACUAUACUAUCAUUCAGCCUGUUCCCGCCCGACCACCCUCCGGACGAGAUGGAGACGAGCGAGUUCACGCACCCAAGCAUCAGCAUCUUCAUAGCAUGGGAACAACCACUCGAGAUGGCACCAUAUCUGCCCGCCGUGCAGAUUCUUCUAUCUACUCCCAUCGCGCACCUGCAACGCCUGACGCUCGACGCUCUGGAUUUUACUCGCGUGGACCCGGAACACAUGGCGGCGUUAUGUCCACUCGCACGGUCGCUCGAGGUCCUGACGCUGCGGUCGUUUCGGCCGCAUAUGUUGUCGUCAGCAUUGCUUCUUAUCGGCGGAGUGUACACCUCAAAUAUGAGCAUGAGCGAAUUUCCCUAUCCGGCUCUUCAAAAACUCGUCUUGAAGCGGUGCGACUUCGACCGGGACGUUGCAGCUCCUGCUCUGCGAGAUGCCCUCACUCGACGCGCUCUGGCCGAAGCAAAGUUGGAGGAAGUUGCCUUUGUUGCUUGUGGGCUAUGCUCAGGGAGGUUUGAAGAGCUGUAUGGUGAACUCGUUGAGACCGGGUUGGUCGAGCGUAUCGUUUGUGAGGAGGAUGAAGAAUGA